AUGCCGGAGAACAAGCACACGAUCAGAACAGAGACUCGAGCAGAAGAGCCUGUAGUCCAACCAGCCAUUGAACAGGUCCCAGAACCUUACGAGGAUGCUCAAGGAGUGGAUUUAGAGAAAGGCAACCAGAAGAACGCCAACCUAGAUCUUGUACAUAUCCAAAGCCACGCCUCCGCACACGACAUACCCCACAUACCUUACCGUGAAUCUGGAGACGAAAUCUACGACAAGUUCACGCAUACCAAGAAGAUAUGUAUAGUAUCAGUCUUGUCUUUCUGUUCCUUCCUGGCUCCUAUGGCAUCGACUACAGUACUUGCUGCUGUGCCUGAAGUGGCGGCAACAUAUAACACUACUGGUACUCUUAUCAAUGCCAGCAAUGCAUUGUAUAUGCUGUUUAUGGGGUUGUCUCCAAUGUUUUGGGGUCCUAUAGGUCAGGUAUACGGAAGAAGAUGGACACAAUUGUUAAGCGCCAUCUUCUUUGCUGGUUUUUCUAUUGGUACUGCAUUGGCUCCCAACUUGGCUUCGUUCUUCAUCUUUCGCAUCUUGACUGCCUUCCAAGGCACUUCUUUCCUUAUCAUUGGCAGUUCUUGUAUUGGCGAUAUCUAUCGUCCAACAGAGCGUGCAACUGCAUUGAGUUGGUUCUUCUCUGGAACUCUCAUUGGACCAGCUAUGGGUCCGCUGCUAGGCGGUAUAAUUGUAACUUACAAAACCUGGAGAGAUAUAUUCUGGCUACAAACUGGCCUAGCCGUCUUCGCCACGGUACUAUGCUGCUUCUUCCUCCCUGAAACAAUCCACUACAAGAAAUCCGUCGAGCUUGAAGGUCUUAAGAAGAGUGAGAAGGCCAAGAAGCUCUGGUCAUGGACCAACCCUCUGCGCGUCAUCAGACUAUACAGAUACCCUAAUCUGCUGUUCGUUGGACUGGCGUCAAGCAGUCUUGUGUUCAACAUGUACAGUCUUCUAACUCCGAUUCGAUAUGUUAUCAAUCCUCGCUUCCAUCUCACAUCGCCAAUUCAGUCUGGACUCUUCUAUAUUGCUCCUGGAUGUGGUUACCUAGCAGGAACUUUCUUCGGAGGCCGCUGGGCAGAUCGAACCGUACGAAAAUGGAUUGAGAAGCGCAACGGUGAACGCGUACCCGAAGACCGAUUGCGAUCUUGUCUUGUUUUUAUGGGCGUUAUCAUCCCUGGAUGUAUGCUGAUCUACGGAUGGUCAAUCGAGAAGGACAAGGGUGGCAUACCUCUCCCAGUCAUUGUCAUGUUCAUCCAGGGCGUGGCACAACUCUUCUGUUUCCCCUCGCUCAAUACUUACUGCCUGGAUGUGAUGCAGAAGCGAUCUUCGGAAGUGGUUGCUGGCAACUAUAUGCUACGCUAUGUGUUUGCUGCUACCGGAACGGCAGCUUGUCUACCAGCGGUUGAGGCGAUCGGAGUUGGAUGGUUCAGCACGAUCAGUGCGGGAUUCUUGUGUACUUCAGCAGUCUUGACUUGGACAGUCACGAUCUGGGGACGUGGAUGGAGAGAAGCCAUACUUCGCGAGAAGGAAGAGAAGAAGGCGCGGAAGCAGGAGAAGAGAGGCAGUACAUGA